CACUGUAACGUAUGGUACUAAGGCCGCUCCAUACUUAGCCAUGCGCACACUACGACAAAUAGCAUUCGAUAACGAAGAAAGAUAUCCUUCUGCUGCGAAAGCAUUAACUAAUUCAUGCUACAUGGAUGACUUAAUAUGUGGAACCGACAACAUCACUGAGGCCAAAAAUUUACAAAAAGAGUUGAUAGAAGUUUUAAGGAGCGCGGGGAUGAACCUUAGAAAAUGGUCGAGCAACACAUCUGAACUAACAAAAGAUUUAUCAUAUGAUCAGCUGGACACUUUUGAAUUCAAGGACGUCGAAAAUAGAAAAACACUGGGUUUGAGAUGGAAUCCUGCCUCUGACACAUUUUCUUUCCAAUGCAAGCUCACAGAAGGCCUUGAAACGAACAUCACCAAAAGGGAACUUUUAUCCGAGAUUUCGAAAAUAUAUGAUCCUCUUGGCUGGCUGUCACCUCUCACAAUCAGAGGAAAAAUCCUAUUUCAACAGACUUGGCUAUCAUCAUUAUCAUGGGAUGAUAAAUUACCGGAUUCCAUACAAGAUGAGUGGAAUGAAUUAAAAAGGGAUCUAAUGAAAAUUGAUAGAUUCCAAAUUCCCCGUUAUUUGGGUCACAUCGGUCAGUCACUCCAUUUACAUGGAUUUUGUGACGCAUCUGAAAAAGCGUAUGCAUGCGCAAUUUACUUAGUCACACUUAAUGAUAAAGGCGCUUAUACAUCAAAACUCAUCACUGCAAAAACAAAGGUUGUUCCAACCAAGAAACAAUUAUCACUGCCGAAACUGGAAUUGCUGGGAGCCUUAUUACUAUCACAACUUAUGAAGAAGGUUUUGGAGAUCUUGUAUACAUCAAAAGAAAUUCAUUUACAUGCCUGGACAGACUCCAUGAUAGUACUAGGGUGGCUUCAUGGAGAUAUUUCCAAAUGGAAGCAAUUUGUCGCAACCAGAAUACGACAUAUCACGAAUGUUAUUCCAGCGAAGUAUUGGCGACAUGUAAAAUCUGAGGAAAAUGCCGCAGACUGUGCGACAAGAGGCUUAAGCAGUAUCUCCCUGUACAAUCAUUCACUCUGGUGGGAAGGUCCAAAGUUCAUUCAAGAAAAUCAACAACGAGCCGACCUUGAAACAUAUCAAGAACCAACAAUUGAAAAGAAAAAGAAUCACAGUGUGCAGGCAGCUUUACAAUCGAGCUCUGAUUCCAUCAUAUAUAAAUUACUAAAUGAAAUGAGCUCGAUUACUCGGGUUGCAAAAAUAAUUGCCUGGGUAUCACGUUUCAUAUAUCGAGCACGCAAAAACGUUUGUCAAGCUAAUAACUUAACAGCAAGCAAUAUAGAAGAUGCAUUCAAAUUGAUUAUAAAAACAGUGCAGAAAUUUGAAUUUUUUGAAGAAAUAUCAUCUUUAAAGAAACACCGAGUAUUAAAAUCAAACAGCAGACUUCUAAAUCUGAAUCCUUAUUUGGAUAAGGAUGACAUUCUGAUAGUCGGUGGAAGACUUGAGAACACGAUAUUACGCUACUCUGCGAAGCAUCCUAUCCUUCUACCUACAUCAAGCAGACUCACGGAGCUCAUCAUAGAUCAAGCGCACCGAACGACUCUACACGGAGGCCCAAAACUUACUUUAGCAUAUAUCAGGGACACUUACUGGAUCGUUAGCGGUGUACGCGCUGUCAAAAGUCAAUUACGAAACUGUAUCAAGUGCCGUCGCUUCAGCCAAACAACAAAGCAUCAGAUCAUGGCAGACCUACCCCCCUCCCGGGUAACUCCUGCACGACCAUUCCUCAAUGUGGGCGUGGACUUUACUGGGCAUGUAGAAAUUAAACUCAACAAAGGAAAGGGUGUUCGUACUAGCAAGGGGUACAUCGCGGUGUUCGUGUGCAUGGCAACCAAAGCUGUGCAUAUCGAACUGGUAUCCGACUUGAGCACCGAGGCGUUCCUGGCAGCGCUCCGACGUUUAUGUUCUCGCCGCGGCACUCCGAAAAACAUAUACAGCGACAACGGUACGAACUUCGUUGGCGCUUCCAAGUUUCUGAAAAGGGAAUACAAGGAUAUCGUCAGCUCUAUCAACCAUGAGGUCAUCGACAACAUCAGCGAGAUGGGGAUAACGUGGCAUUUUAAUGCACCGUCAUGGCCCUCCGCAGGCGGCCUUUGGGAAGCAGCCGUCAAAAGUCUGAAGCAACACUUGAAACGCGUCAUGGGAGACCAGAAGCUUACCUACGAAGAAUUAAUCACUUUGUUGCAACAAAUUGAGGCGUGAUCCUGAUGAUGUCUGCAUUACACCAGGACACUUUCUGGUCGGCGGUCCCCUUCUAUCCCGACCUCAGACAGAUCCAGAUAUCACACAUGUUAAACAAAGAUGGCAAUUAGUACAAUCAAUGAACAAGCAAAUAUGGAGGGGCUGGUCCCGAGAAUACCUGCAAAAUUUGCAGACUAGAACUAGAUGGACCUCCCCUACAAAAGACAUCGAGCUGAACGAUAUUGUUGUGAUCAAGGAGGACCACAUGCCGCCGGGGAAGUGGGCUUUGGCUCGGGUGUGUGAACUCCACCCGGGAAAAGAUGGUCAUACCCGGGUGGUCACGUUAAAGACCCAAAACAACGUUCUCCAGCGGCCGGUCAGUAAACUAAUAGUAUUACCGGUCGGAGAAAAAGAAAAGGAUCAGAAGGAAGAACAAAAAUCAUCGAAAAGUCAAUAACCGAAAAGGAACUUUCGGAACGAGCAACGCAUGAAUGAACAAUUUGUAAUGUUAAACAAUCAGCUGGGACAAUUAGCUAAAGAAAACAAUAUAAUAAGAUUAUCAGAUUACAUAAUUACGAACACAAUCAACAUUAACAACCUGAUAUCGAAUAUCCGUCGAACACAAGAAUGCC